AGCCAAAAUAAUUUUGGUGAGAUUCCAGAUGUGUGUGAAUGGCCAAAAAACUUGAAAUAUUUAAACCUUUCCAGCACUCAAAUUCCUAAACUGACGACUUGCAUUCCCCAGACGCUGGAAGUUUUGGACGUUAGCGCUAACAACCUGAAGGAGUUUGGACUGCAACUGCCAUUUCUGAAAGAGCUGUACCUUGCAAAAAACCAGCUGAAGACCUUGCCUGGUGCCGCACCCAUUCCUAACUUAGUGGCCAUGUCAAUCAGAAGAAACAAGCUCAACGGUUUCUCCAAGGAAGAGUUUGAGUCCUUCAAGAAAAUGCAGCUGCUGGAUGCCAGUGACAACAACUUCAUCUGCUCUUGUGAAUUCCUCUCCUUCAUCCACCACCAGGCCGGGAUAGCCCAGGUGCUGGUGGGGUGGCCGGCCAAGUAUGUCUGUGACUCUCCCCUAGCAGUAAGAGGGGCACAGGUUGGAGCCGUACACCUCUCCCUGAUGGAGUGCCACAGGUCCCUCGUGGUGUUGUUGAUCUGCGCCCUGGUGUUCCUGGUCAUCCUCGUCCUCGUGGCUGUUGGCUACAAGUACCACGUGGUCUGGUACCUGAGAAUGACCUGGGCAUGGCUCCGAGCCAAGCGGAAGCCCAAGCGAGCCCCACCAAAGGACAUCUGCUACGAUGCUUUUGUCUCCUACAGCGAGAACGAUUCUGACUGGGUGGAAAACGUCAUGGUGCGGGAGCUGGAGCAGGCCUGCCCCCCCUUUCGGCUCUGCCUCCAUAAGCGGGACUUUGUGCCUGGGAAGUGGAUCGUGGACAACAUCAUCGACUCCAUAGAGAAGAGCCACAAAACGCUCUUUGUGCUGUCUGAGCACUUUGUGCAGAGCGAGUGGUGCAAAUAUGAGCUGGACUUCUCGCACUUCCGCCUCUUUGAUGAGAACAAUGAUGCAGCAAUUCUUGUCCUCCUAGAGCCCAUCCAGAGCAAAGCAAUUCCCAAGAGGUUCUGCAAGCUGCGGAAGAUCAUGAACACAAAGACCUACCUGGAGUGG